GCUCGUGCGGAAUUUUCUUUUCACCAUGAUCGUGUAAUUUUUUUUUGAGUGUGAAAAAUCCUUUACGGUGAAAAAGAGUGGUGAGAGAUCCUGCAGAGACUGCAGAUGGUUGGGGGAUGUGAAAAGUGGUGGAAGUGCGGGAAAAAAUGGGUGUGAUGUGCUUUCGAUGGUCCCGUGGCCAUUGUGUGACUCUCCUGGCCAUCCUGCCGCUACUCUGUGCUACCCUCUGGAGCCCAGGGGUGUUGGCCGACCCAGGGGGUGAUGUGGUCGAACAAUGGGCACAGAAGUUUGGUGAUGAAUUGUGGGAACUUGGCCAGAAAAUGACGAAAUCGCAGGAAAUUCAAGCGAAAUAUAAAGCCUAUAAUGCGAGGGUGGAGCCAAAGGAUGGUGAGAGUCUCAUACAGUCGAUUGUGGAGAAUGUGGGGAGGAUGUUUAUUAGGAAAAUGGAUGCUGUUAAGUGCAUCCUGCAUGUAGCUGAAGAGGUGUCGGAGCAAUUUGAAUUCAAUGAAACCUACACGGGAAACUUCACGUACUACUCGAGCAAAUACAGUGAGAUUUAUGGGAAGAAGAGAACUGAAGAAUUGCCAGAGGUUGUUCAGGAGAAUUCCUACAUGUAUCGUGAAAUGUAUCUGGAUCAGGACACUCACUUCUACAAUAUCUCCGUUAACACGACUCAUAGCUCCGUUCAUGUCCCUACAAAUGUAUACGAUCGCUCUCUACGCGUUGUAGAGGCCCUCCUCUGGUCUGAGGCUCUCGAUGAGGUCUUUGUGCAGAACUACAAUUCAGAUCCGGCCCUAUCUUGGCAGUACUUUGGCUCCUAUACGGGGAUACUGAGGCACUACCCGGCAAUGGAGUGGGAAGGAGACGAUGUUGAUGUUUACGACUGCCGUAGACGGUCGUGGUACAUUGAAACGGCAACAUGCUCCAAAGAUGUUGUUAUCCUGCUGGAUAAUUCUGGAUCUAUGACUGGAUUUCGCAACUACAUAGCUCAGUUGACGGUUAAGAGUGUUCUUGAAACGUUCAGCAACAAUGACUUCAUCAACAUCUACAACUACUCCAACACUGUACAAGAACUUGUGCCCUGUUUCAAUGAUAUGCUUGUACAGGCAACGCCUGAGAAUAUCCAGGUCUUCAACAAUGCUGUCCAACAAUUGGAACCCGAAGGCUAUGCCAAUGUAUCGCGAGCCUUCGUCCGUGCCUUCCAACUGCUGGAAAAAUAUCGGGAAAUUCGUCGUUGUAAUGAAUCAACAACAGGUUGCAACCAAGCCAUCAUGCUGAUCACAGACGGAGUUCCGAGUAAUUUAACUGAAGUCUUUGAUAAAUGGAAUCGUGUUGAGAUGGGGAAUGAGACGAGAACACCCGUAAGAAUAUUCACCUACCUCCUUGGGAAGGAGGUGACAAAAGUUAGGGAAAUUCAGUGGAUGGCAUGCCUCAAUCGUGGCUACUAUUCGCACAUCCAGACAUUGGAUCAGGUGCAAGAGGAAGUCUUGAAGUACGUUACGGUUAUUGCGACGCCUCUUGUUCUUCAGGGUAUUGAGCAUCCUCCAACGUGGACGCAUGCUUUUGCCGAUAAAUCUUACACGCAAGAGGAUGAUGAUACUCCUCCGAGACUUAUGAUAGCAGUUGGUGUACCGGCCUUUGAUCACGAGUUCGAUCCUACUAGGAACGUCACAAGGAGCAUUAGUUUACUAGGAGUGGCAGGAACAGACGUACCAAUUGAAGACAUAGACAAACUAACAUUGCCUUACAAACUUGGUGUUGGUGGGUAUUCUUUCAUUGUCAGUAACAACGGCUACGUUCUCCUACAUCCAGAUCUACGACCUACCCACAAAGGUAUCCUGAAGCCGAAUUACAACAGCAUUGACUUUACGGAAGUUGAGCAAUUUGACGAUGACAAAGAAGGAAGAGAACCAGGUGAAGAUCUUUUGGCUCUACGUGAAAAUUUAGUAAACACACGACCAGGGAAGAUGCUAAAGAUCCCUGUUAGAUUCCACUACGACAAAAUGCGAAGGGUUUCUCAGGAAGUUCAGGAUUACUACUUUGCACCCCUUGCAAAUACCCCAUUCUCCCUUGGUUUGGCUCUUCCGCACGACUAUGGGAAUACGUGGAUAAAGGUUGGAGAUGAAAUUAAGCGAAACCAGCACAUGGGGAUCAAUAUUUCGGACUUUUUCGUGGGAGAAAAUUGGAAAGUUCAUCCAGAUUGGGUUUACUGCAAAUACCACUAUCUUGAAGGGCAUGAAUUCAAAACGCCCGAAGAUGAAUUGAGGCAUUUCCUGAAGAGACUCUACGAUCCACAGUGGACUUGGUCACAGCAGUAUGAACCAGACAUUGGUUUUGACACCACAAUGGGGGAAUCAACUGAACCAAAUUGCGGUCGGAAGACGCUAGACGAUGAUGCGUACUACUGCAACAAGGAGCUAGUUCAACUCCUGAUCUUUGACGCCAAAGUAACCAAUACAUCGUACCGUGAAUGGCGUUUUGAAGAUCUCUCCGAGAAAGAGAUAAUUCAGCGGUACAAUGCAACAUUGCGCUUUGUAGCCACCAUGAGUGGCCUAACACGAUGGCAGUUUAUCUUUGGUGAGGUUGAAGUUGAUACAGAUCGUGAAUUCGGGGACUACCACACAACUGCCAUUGAUGAAGGAUGGUACAAAAGUGCCAUACUGCAGCAUAAAAUUGAUUCACAGAGUUUCGUCUACUCCGUCCCACAUGCAAGUGAUCCACCUGAAGAAGGAGAACUCAAAGUUACUGCUUCACAUGCAAUCUUUCCCCGUGAUGGUGGUCUAGAGGCACCAGGUGCUGUUGUGGGAUUCCAGUUCUCACAUCAACUGAUGUACGAACGCUUCAUGGAACUAACGGCCAAGACAAAUUGCAAUGACUGCAUGAAGAGCUGCGAAUCAGACGAGCAGGAUUGCUAUGUGAUCGACAAUAAUGGCUACGUUAUCCUGUCAGAGACGCAGAAUGACACAGGACGCUUCUUUGGGGAACUUGAGGGAGCUGUUAUGGAAGCAAUGGUUGAAGCGGGCAUUUACAAAAGUAUCACCGUGUACGAUUGGCAGGCACUGUGCUUUGAGGAAGUUAUGGUAUCCAGUGACAGCAGCUUCCUCAUAUCUCCGCUGAAACUUCUGAUUGUAACGCUGGAAUGGCUCCUAACUGAAUUUGUUCUUCAUCUCUCACGGAUGCACAUGUGGCUUGUGGAAGGUGUUCCGCUGGAUGAUGUGUACGAUGACUAUGAUACAGCAACAGUGCCAACGCAGAGGAAGCUGAGAAAGGGUCAGAACCAGGAGGAGGAAGACUACUUCAACAGACCGAAGGAGAUUAAAUAUGAAACAAAACACUAUUCAUGCGACAAACAAUCCCAGUUGUAUCUACUGAAUCAGAGCAUGUUCAUCCAGGGCAAUGGGUUCUCGGGUGAGGGACCAAGAAACUGCUCCCGUCCCUACUACAUUAAACGCAUCCCACACUCCAAUCUUGUCCUCGUUGUGGUCAAUACAAUGUACUCAAGCUGCUACCGUUUGCUCACGGCUGAACCUCAGGUUAUUGAGUACAACGUGGAGUUUCCAUGCCAUAAACUCGCUAUGAACUACUUACCUCGUCGGAGGCUCGAAGAGUGCUUCACUGAGCAUCCAGAUGAGGAGGAGAUGACCUACUGUGGUCAUGCAAAUGUGCUCCUACCACCAAUUGUAAUACUUUUUGGGGGCCUGUUCCUGAUCCUCUCCAUCCACUGAAGCCUUCACUUUUAGAUGACAAUUUUACCUCCACACACACACUAGACUGCCAGGCACCUCCACUGUCCCUCCCUUUGAGCACAGGGUAAAUGAAAAAUUCAAAGAAAAAUCGGUGAGGGCGAUACCCUAUGAAUGAGAUUUAGACGAGGUUGUAGACUAAGAAUUUACCAAAAAAAAAUGUAACAGAAUCAAAUAUUUUCGAUGUAGAGUGAUAGUUUGUCCGUUUAAAACAAAAUGGAGGUCUUCAACGGAGAAAGUUUUAAAAAAAAUUAUGAUAGGAUUAGAAAAUAAAUUCUAAAUGAAAAAAUUAUUAAAAUUAAAAAUUUCGAAAUGACAUUGACAGCUCUAUUUUUGACGUGACAUUAAAAAUGACAUUUCAGUGAAAUUAUAUUGUGUCAAAGAACGUAAGGUUAGAACGGAACUUUCCUCUUAAGAAAACCUCCAAAAAAAUAGCAUAAAGGUGUAACCCAGAAGCCCUUAAACCAAAAAAGUAAAAAAAAAACUCCUCAUGAAAUAAAUAAAAUAUAUAUUAUAGCAAAAAAAAACACUUAUACGGGAUUUUUAACAUUUUACCUUAUAUACAUUUUAAAUAAAAAAAAUAUAUACCGAAAAAACAUUUAAAAACAAUUUAUAUUGAAUGUGAUCCUACUUUUUAACAUGGACUCGUAGAAUUUAAAAAAAACACACGCAAUUUAUUAUGGUAAAUUUGUUACACAAGAAAAAACAUAAUGGAACAAAAUGUUUAAUACAAUAACUAUAUUAUAGAAAGACAAGAGUGAAAAAAUAAUAACGCAGAAUUAUUUAUUUGUGUAAAUUGUAAUGGGAUUAAAUGUUGAUAAAAUAUUUGUUGUUUCACCAAAAUAAUAAAUUUUUGAUCGAA